AUGACCUUAGAAGCUGGGAAGUACUUUUCCAAGAAAGCCUUCCUCAUUGUUUCCCAUGAAGUGAUGCGUCCAGCAAGAAGCUCAUAUAGCCAAUCUUUGGCUCUGUCAGCUAAGGAGAAUGGAAAUGCUCUCAUCUUAAGAAGGUUUUCAUCUGCUCCUUGUGGUUGCAUGUUUGCACACACAGACUGGAAUUCUCUGAUGUGCUUGUUAGCAUCCUCCAUAUUAAGGCCAUGGAACAUAGGGAGCUUGUGCAACAGUCCACUCUUUAGCUCAAACUCUGCUUGUCUUCCUGCUGCAGGGGCAGGGUAUAUGAUGCCUGAAGGAGGUGGUGGUGAAGGUGAGAGGGGUGGUGUGAUUUGUGGUGAUGGUAAGUUAGGUAAAAUCAAAGGUGAAGGUGAAAGUGGUGGAGAUGGAGUUGGUGUAGGUGAUGUGGAUUCCUCUGAAGGAUUUAAGACUCUCUUCCCUUGCUCGUUGAAUGUGUACGGCUUGAAUUGCAAGGAAGAAGAAAUCUCCCUCCCAAUCGAUAAGGCAAAAUUGCCUUCUGCCUUUCAUUUGUGUAAGCCCGACCUCAUUCACGUCUCUCAAUUGUUCAUUCACUACGGCCUCAGAUUCUUCUGCUCAAGGUAUAAUGGUGCAGAAGGCCUCCACACGAAAGUGACCGAGUUUGUCAGGGACAAAGACUGUGUUGUAUGUGGCCCAGGUGUGCUUAUUGAGCUGGACACCUCAGUUACUUUGCGAAAGGUACAGUCAAGAAAUGUCAAGUCAGAGUUUAAACUCGCAAUAGGUUCUGUGGACAACAUAGUUGCUUUUGGAACCGUUGUUGAAGUUGAUGUCGAGGCCACACAGCAGACUAUCCAUGGUGUACCAUUGGGAGAAAAAAAUGCACGCGUCUCAGUCACUGAAGCGGUUGUUGCUAAUGCUUUGCUACCAUUUCCUAUCAAAGAUGAGAUUGUGAGAGUUGCCGAUGCGAUUGGCACAUGUGUUGCUUGGCCUAGAAGCUUGGUUAUACCCCCUGAAGUUGUUGACAAGGAGCAAGAAAACCGUAAAAUUGUGAAAAAGAAAAGGAGGGAAAUGUAUGAAGAUUUUGAUCAUGAUGACCUUGACAACCUGCCCCCCAAACUGCCAUUACCACUAAAGGAGCUGUGCCACUGGGCCAAUAUAUUCUUGAAGAAUGGGGUCACCAUCCACACCACUUUGGGCGAGGAAAUUUUUGGCCGCCCAAGAAAGGUAGCUAUCUUUAGAAGAGAUGUGUAUGCCUUGACGCACAUGAAGGAGAUAUCUAACAACACCAUUGUGAUGUAUAUGAGCUGCCUUUACCAAAAGUUGCAGAAAUUUAAGAUGCUGCACAUGAUUGCCUUCAUAGACCCUGCUCAGGCAGGUGCGCUUGGGUGUGGGAAUCCAACAGAAAUGGCUCGUUCUCUGUCAGCUUGUUAUGCAAAAGGGAAGUCGGGUUAGAUUUUUUUGGUGCCCUAUAACUCAGGUUGUCAUUGGAUGUUAACGGUUGUGAACCCCGCUGAAGAAGUUGUGCAUUUCAUGGAUCCAUUGAAGAGACGACUUAUCACCGGUGAAUGGAAAACUAUUGUGGACAACUCAAUCAAACUAUACAAUGCGCAAAAAACUAAGAAAGGCAGAAAAAUAGUUACAUGGAAAAAUUGUGCGGGCAUUCCGGAGCAGCAAGGUGAUAAAACCUGUGGGUUUUGGAUUAUGCAUUACAUGAAGGACAUAGUGGAGGACAAGAACCAAGAGUGGAGUGUUAAGUGGGACAGAAAGGGAAGCAACAUGUACACACAAAAUGAUAUUGAUAAGGUUCGGGCCGAGUGGGCACAAUAUGUUGCCCAAUUUCAAGAAAGCUAGUGCCUAACUCUUAUAUAUAUCUGCUUUUGGACAUGCAUCACCUAUAUAACCCAGAUUAGGAAGCUAUAGGUACUAGUUUUUUGCUUUACAUGCUCGAUACUGUGAUGUUUGUUGCGUUGCCUUUAUCGAUCGUGUCUUUUGUUUCAUGGAUGGGGUUGUAUUGAACUGAUGCAUAGCAGGUUGUGUAAUAUACUGAAUGAUUUGCCAGUUUUAUGAAAUGGCAUUUUCUGGAUUUCCAGAUUACCUAAUGAACAAUAAUUGUGUCGUCU